UUUUCUGUAAUUGUUGGUUGAAAAUUUGAAAAGAAAGUGACAUAACCUAACUUAAUUAACCUAACCGUCAAUUUUUGAAUUUGUUUAUGUUUGGUUCUGCUUUAUUAAGGUAAAAAUGGAUUUUACAAACUUUGUUAUACCAAACAAGUUUGAGGAUUUAGUAAGAGACGAUGGCGAAAACUAUUAUGUUAAAACUAUCGUGGAUGUUUGCGAUUUACCCGCAAAAUUGCGUGAUGGGAAAAAUAGUUUUAAAGAUGAUGGUGUACAAUUUAUUUUUGAUCAUUUCGAUACAUAUUAUUCGGUUAUUUAUCAUAAAGCAGUCUUGGAGAGCGAAAAACUUAUGAUAGUUAGCAAUCAAUUAGAAACGGCCUUAUCAGCAUUAAUACAUAAUUUGAAGUUUUUGUUGGACGAUCCUGAUAGUUUAACAUCAGAAAUUAAGACAAAAUAUCAGGUUAUCAUAAAAAUGAUCUUGUAUGUAUUUUGUCAUGUUAUCAUGGCUUUGGAUACGAAGAAUACCUCUCAGAAUAUGUUGCUUGGGAUUAAAAAACGUGGAAAAAAAAAAUCGUCGGUAUCUGACGAAGAUGAAUGUUUUAACCCAAAAAAUGCUUUGGUUACAAUAAACAUGUUACUUCAAUGUGAUCUUCAUGUAUUUUGGGAUCCCCCUGUAGUUGAGGAACAAAUAAUAAAUUUAGUAGCUGAAGUGUGUUAUCCUACAUUAGAAAGUGGUUCAAUUAGCUCAAACAAAGAAGUGCGAUAUGAGAUCUUUAACAUUUUUGGUAUUCUUAUUAAAACAUACAGCUAUGAUGAGAGUUUAAUAGUUCGUUUGGUACAAUUAUUGAAAGUUAAUUCACAUUUAAUAAAACCAAUUGCGGAAGGUAUUAAUCAACUGGUAGAAAAUUUUAGUGCCAAAGCACUUAUUCCAGAGUUUGUUCAGGAAAUUAUGGAAAUCCUUUUUGAUGAAAAAUAUGAAGAUGCAGAAGCCACAAAACAUUGUACAGGAACUUUGGUGGAAUUGUCUAAAUUACUACCUCAAUUAAUGGCACCAGAAGUAGCAUAUCUAAAAAGUUAUCUAGGACAUGAAUCCCAUGUAUUGAGGAAUGGGGUUUUAGUGGUAAUGUCAGAAGUAUUAAUCAUAUUGAGUACAAGACCUGCAUUGGAUGAAAACGAUCAAGCCCUUAAAAAUUUGAUUCUAGAAGUUCUACAACUUCACAUUAACGAUGUAGCAGUUACAGUCCGUUCCAAAGUAAUCCAAACCUGGGCUAAAGUACAAAAAGAAAAUUUGCUUAAUCCUACACAGUUAAACGACGCAUUACGUGCCAUUGUUGCUCACAUUUGCGAUAAAGGAGCAGCUGCAAGAAAAAACGCCGCCAAUACAGUCACAUCAUUUUUAGAACACAACCCAUACGCUUCAGAAUUAUCACUGAAAGCAAUACAAAAAGAAUAUCAAGAUCAAUUAGAUGAAUUCCGAAAGAUGGAAGAAAAUAUAAAGGAGCAUUUAUUAAAUGAAAAAGCCGCUGAUUUCCACGACGAAUGGAAUGCAAUUGUAGCUGAAUUAAAAUCACCAAAAAAGAAAAAAACUAAAAAUAAAAGUGGCGUUGCCAAUGAAUCAAAUGAUGAAAAUGAAUCGGAUGAGGAAAGCGAAAAUGAUGAUGAAUGUAAUGAAAGUGGUGAGGAGAUGGAAAUAGAUGAUCAAUCAAAAGAGGCGAUUCCUUCUGAACAACUUUUAAGUUUAAUCAAAAUGUAUAUAGAAGGAAAACAGUACAAAGAUGCUUUUGAACUUUGUAAACGACUUAUUCGGGAAGUACCAGAGUUUGUUACUAAAAGAGGAAGAGAUAAAAAAAUGGAUGAAAAAGAAUUCAUAUUAGAAGUGUUAAAAGGUUUCUAUCGCGAAAAUUGCUUUCUAAUUCACAAUAUCGUCGAUGUUGAAACGAUUGAUAAGAUGAAUCGACUUGAAGAGACGGUAAAACAUUGGGAGAGUACAGUUUUAUUCGCAAAAUUAUUAGACGAUGCCAUGCCGAAAAUGAGCGAUUUACUAGAAAGCCAAAACAUAACGGAAAUGCAAGAGGCAGUAAAAUUUUUUGUAACCGCCUAUAAAUUUAAAUUGGACGGAAGCGAACAACGUAUUCUCCAAUUGUUAGAAGUAAUGAAAAUGCCAUUUGAUGAUCGCAAAGUUAUCGUAAUUAAUGCUUUAGUAGAAGUAUUUUUAGUUACCACUCUUACAAAUAAUAUGAAAGAACAUGUAAAAGAAAUAGUAGAACGUUUAAUUCGUUUCACACGAAUCGUAACAUAUGCUUAUCGUAAUUCCUUCGAGAGGAUGAUUGCAGAAUGGACUGCAAAAGGAAAACUGGAUAAUAAUGUUCUUGACAUGUUAUUCAAUUAUUUCACAAAAAAAGAGGACGUCGACGAUGAUAAAUCAUUGGCGGCAUUGCAACUGUUAACAUUGGCCGCCCAAGGUCGUCAAUCAAUUGUAAUGAAUAAUUUGAAAAUGGUCUGCGAGGUGGUGUUUGAAAAUCGUGGUCUUAAUGAUAUGGCUAUAGUUUCUGAGGCUUGUCAUUUUUUAACGGUUGCGGGUUCAGCGGAACAACGCAUUGAAGACGAUAAACCACCAUAUAGAUUGAGUUAUAACGAAACAGUUUGGACGCAACUUACAAAUAUAUUAGUCGAUAAUUUUUCAAAACCAGUUAAAUUUUAUUGCGAUGCUAUUUCUGGGGCAAUACCAAUGAUAUACAAGUUGUGUUCUACACCUGAGAAAAUUGUUCAAAAUUUAAUUAUGUCCAUCAUGAAAUUGGACGUUUGGUCACAACCUGGUAGUAUAGUAAAAGUACCUAUUUUUUGCAUAGAUCGGUUAAAUCUUAUAUUGGGAAAAGUUGCUGUUUACGAAAUGGCCCAUUUAGAUGAUACAGUUUAUAUUGAAAUUAAACGUCGCAGUAAUCAACGAUCGAGCAUUGGAAAAAUGGGAAGAAAAAGAAUUCAAACUCCGUCUAUGUUAAGUGCAAGAAAAAGGGCCAUAUCAACCGCCACUGAAGAUGGCGAUGACAGUAUUUUGGAUGGAGCAGAUGCAGAUGAUGGAGACGCCCAAUUUGUUUUAAACAUAUUGGAGUAUAAAAUAGUAACCAACGCAAACAGCUUAGGCGCAUUUACACCAUUUUUCCUCGAAGUUUGUCAAAAUUUAACCAAAUUUCCCAACGAACAGAUUCAAUGUGGAUCGGUUAUGGUUUUAAUGAGAUACAUGAUGAUGUCGAAUGUAAUGUGUCGCCAAUACACAACUUUAAUUUUCCAAAUACUAUCAACAACGAAAUCGGCAAAUUUAAAACGAUUAAUAAUAAUAAAUUUAGCCGAUUUAUUGGCGAGAUUUCCAAAUAUUAUUGAUCCAUACUCCGCGCAAAUUUUCGACAAGUUAUCUGAUCCAGAUCCGGGAGUUCAAAAAACGACGUAUUUCAUCUUGGCGAAUUUACUCACAAGGAAUAUGUUACGUGUUAACAAAAAAGUUUAUGUUAUGACACUACCGAUAACACAAGAAGACUCAGGUCUUAGUGGGACUGCAAAAAAGUUUUUUACACAAUUAGCUUUGAAUCAUCAAGCGCAAUUAACCAAUAUUUUACCGGAUCUUUUUUCGUUUCUUUGUGCGAGAGAAGAUGUUAAUGAAGAACAAUUACGAUACAUAAUGAAGUUUAUUUUUGAUUCGAUUGAUAAAAACAAAUUAAUGGAGGGAUUAGUGGAUCGUUUCUGCGCAAAAUUAAUCAACAACGAAGAUGAUUAUAUCCUUUCAAACGUUGGAUUUUGUCUCCACCAAAUACAAUACAACGAUAAAAGUGCAAGAAAAUUAGUUGAUAACUUUUCCAAUUAUAAAGAUGCUUUACACAACGCCGAUUUGUAUUCUUGCUUCAAACAAAUUAUGGCUGGUUGGGCAAAAGCCACGAAAUACAACCUGAAAGAAGUCGUUGUUGAAUUGGAGGGAAAAAUCGCGGAAUUUUUCCAAAUUAAAGAUCUCCCACCGCCUAGUUCUACUCACGUACCUAGAAGUUCCCGAAAAAAGGCAACUCAAAAGAAGAAACGUUCCAGAAGGAGCUCUUCCUGAAAACAAAAAAAAAGUUAAGUUAAUUUUUACUAUUAAAUAUUUUAUAUUUUUAAAAUAAAAUAACCUCUAAAUAAA